AUGCUCCGCGAUUUCACUGUCCGUACUGUCCUUACGAGUGGAAGGUUUUAUGGCUAUAAUAACUAUAGUAAUAAUAGCUCCCCGGAUCCGUAUACACUUAGACGUAGUUUUUCAGAUAUCUCAUUACAUAGUCCUGACAAUUUCGAUCUCGACAAUAUUGCUUAUGAGGGUUCGAAUGAGUUAGGAGAAUUAGUGGGACACAGCAGUAACGGCUUGCCGGAGUGGAAAAUAUCCAAAUUACCAACUCAUAAAUAUGGGAAAAACCCCAAAUUCAAGUGGUGGUGGCAAAAGAAAAAGAAGUUUGUCGCCAAUGAUACUCAGUGUUCGAUAUGUCUAGUCGACUACGAGAAGGGAGAUAAGAUGAUCACUUUGCCAUGUAAGCAUAUCUACCACAAGGAUUGCAUAUCACGGUGGUUGAAAGAAAACAGGGUAUGCUGCGUGUGCAAACGAGAGGUUUUCUAAUAUAUUAAUGCUAAUUCUCGUCGGAUAAUAAUGAUUAACAAUGUAUUUUAUUCGCAUGGUAAAUUUUAGUUUAUCACUAAAAAAAUAUAGUUAUUAACUA